AAUUUUCAAUAUGUCAUAUAUAAAUUUAAAUUAUAGAAACAACUACCUUCUACUUAUUGCCUUGUUAUAAAUAUAUAUUGUGCUUCCAUUCUUUCCUUUUCUUCAAAUGCCUCCUCUCUUCUUGGUCUAAUUCCAGGACCCUUACAAAUGGCAACUUUUGGUGCUUUAGGUAUUGGUUUGAGUUUCCUUUUAGGUUGUAUGUUGAUGGGAUUUGUUGCAGAGUUGUACUACUUAUUGUGGGUGAAAAAAGGAAUAUCAAAAAGACCAACAGAGGAUCAAUACACUACCUAUCCCACUGAGCUUUCUUCCAUUUUCUGUUGGAAGAGAUCAAAUUCUAUAAGACAAAAUGGUACUCAAAAAGUUACCACAAUUGCAAGAAAUCAAGAAAUUAAUGGUCAAGAUCAAGACUUAGAGCUAGGGACCAACAAUGAUUUGUUGCUGAAAGGCUAUGGUGAAGAUGAUGUAGAGUCGUCGUCCCAUCAGGAAGACUACUCUAUAAAAUUGGAACGAUACACAGAAGAUAACGCGGAGUUAGAGCUGAUGAGGGUCCAUAAUCUUAGGUUUCUCUUCACUAUUAAAGAGGAAACAAAAGAGGAUUUGGAAUCUGAUGAUGGAAAAUCUAGAGGCGAUAGAAGUAGAAAAGGUUCAAGAACCAGAAGCUUUAGUGACCUUACCCUUGUUCUUACUCCGUUAUCCUCACCACCCGUUAAAUCUCAAUCUCUUGAUUCAUACAACAACCAAGAAUUCAAGUUCAACCCUCUCUUUGAAUCUGAAAUUGAUAGUCUAAAAUCUUCACCCCCUCCUAAGUUCAAGUUCUUGAGGGAUGCUGAGGAGAAACUUAUAAGAAAAGUCCUUAGAAAUGGGGUUAAUUCUUUUCAGGAUUCUAUAAUGAAAUUACCUUCUUCAAGUUCAUUUUAGUUCAGAUAGAAAAAUAGAAAUUUGCUUGUAAAAUUUCUGGAUUCUUAGUUUUUUUUUUUUUUUUCCUUUU